AUGUCUUUUCGGCUUCCUGGUGGCUCCAGGCGGAUGUGCUCGCCGGCUGAGUCUGUCCGGCUUUCUCGUGGAGAGACCAGCUUUGUGACCGGCAGCAUGUGUGUUGGGUCGGGAGCAGGAAGCAGCUAUUCUUGUGCUCUUGCAGGCAUUUCUUCAGGGGGGAGCUGCAGCCAUAAUGGGGCACCAGGAAGUGGCACUGGUUUUCUUGGAAAUGAGGCUGGCCUCCUCUCUGGGAAUGAGAAGAUGACCAUGCAGAACCUCAAUGAUCGCCUGGCCUUGUACCUGGACCAUGUGCAUGCCCUGCAGAAGGCCAACUCAGAGCUGGAGCUGAAGAUCAAGGGCUGGUAUGAGAAAUACGGGCCUGGUUGUUGCCGGGGACUUGAUCAUGACUACAGCAGCUAUUUCCCAGUCAUUGAAGACUUGAAAAAACAGAUUAUUUCUGCGACCUCUGGCAAUGCCAGAAUUAUUCUACAAAAUGACAACGCAAGACUGACCGCUGAUGACUUCAGGAUGAAGUACGAAAAUGAGCUGGCUUUGCACCAGGGCGUUGAGGCCGACACCAGUGGUCUUCGCCGAGUGUUAGAGGAGCUCACCCUUUGUACAACUGAUUUGGAGAUUCAGUGUGAAGCCCUCACCGAGGAACUGACCUAUCUCCAAAAGAACCAUGAGGAGGAAAUGGAAGUCCUACAAUGUGCCUCUGGAGGGAACGUAAAUGUGGAGAUGAAUGCAGUCCCGGGAGUAGACCUAACUGCUCUGUUGAACAAUAUGAGGGCCGAGUACGAGGACCUGGCUGAGCAGAACCGCAAAGAUGCCGAGGCCUGCUUUAAUGAGAAGAGCGCAUCCCUGCGACAACAGAUCUCAGAUGAUUCGGGGGCACUCACAGCAGCCAGAUGUGAGCUGACAGAACUGAAACGCAACCUGCAAACCUUGGAAAUAGAACUUCAGUCCCUCAUGGCUAUGAAACAGUCCUAUGAAUGUUCCUUGGCUGAGAUUGAAGGAAAUUACUGUGUUCAGCUCCAACAAAUCCAGGAUCAGAUUGGUGUGAAGGAAGAGCAACUACAACAGAUCCGAACAGAAACAGAAGGGCAGAAGCUGGAGCAUGAUCAGCUUCUUGAUAUCAAAAUAUUUUUGGAAAAAGAAAUCAAAACAUAUUGCAACUUAUUAGAUGGAGAAGAAAGAAGAAGUGAAUCCACAUGUCCUAAAUCAAAAGAAAGCAAGUCUGCAAAUUCUGAAAAUCAAAACAAAGAUUCAACAGAAGAAUCUUUUGUCAAGACAAUGGUUGAAGAGCUAGAUCAACUGGGCAAUGUCCUUUCACUGAGAGUUCAUUCAGUGGAAGAAAAAUCUUCUAAAAUAAGCAACAUUACAAUGGAGCAACGAUUACCUACUAAAGCAUCCUAA